UCCAGCAACAGCAAGACAAGCCUCUUCCGGAGCCACUUCAUCAGACGACCCAACGCGCCCUCUGCAGACCCGGCGGCGGAGAGCGUGCGCCGGGACGCGGAGAUGACGCCGCGGGCCGAGGCCUCGGAUCUUGUUGUGAGAGACCAGCACGGCGAAGUCGAGAUUGGGAACCCGCCGACGCCGGUGGUGGAUGACGAGGAGGAGUUGCAGGCGUUGGAGUAUCAGCAGGAGAAUGAAAGGGAGAAACAGCGUCUAGCAGAGGCGAUUCGGCAUUAUCAAAUUAGCCACAGCUCUAUAGCUGAUCAGCCUGACGGUAAG